UUCCCUAACCGUUGUGGAAUGGCGGUUGGGUUUGCCUCCAAGUAUUUGAAAUCAAGCCAGAGAGCUCUAUCACUCUUGGACCAACCAUGGCUUUCAAUGUCACAAAUCAAGGAAAUUCAGGCCCACCUGAUCGUCUCCGCCACCAUCUCCGACCCAUUCGCCGCCGGCAAGCUGGUUGCCAUAUGCGCCAUCUCAGCCCGCGGCGACCUCUCACACGCUUACAGCCUAUUUCGCCUCGUGCCCCAUCGUUCCACCUUCAUGUGGAACACCAUGCUCAGAGCUUUCGUGGAAAAGAACGAGGCUGCCAACGCUGUUUCCCUCUACAAACAGAUGGUGCGAAGUGGGUUAUUGCCUAACAACUAUACUUUCUCGUUUCUUCUCCGGGCUUGUGUGGAUUUGUCUGAAUGCUCAUUGGGUUUGGGGUACCAUGGCCAAGCGGUAAAAUUGGGCUGGGAGUCGUACGAUUUUGUACAAAAUGGGCUGAUUCAUUUGUAUGCUACUUGUGGCUGUGUGGACUUCGCUCGGAAGUUAUUUGAUGCCAGCUUGAAUAGGGAUAUAGUCACCUGGACAGCCCUGAUCAAUGGGUAUGUAAAGUCUGGACAGGUUGGGAUUGCACGAGAGCUGUUUGACGAAAUGCCGGAGAAAAAUGCAGUCUCGUGGAGUGCUAUGAUUACCGGGUAUGCGCAAGUUGGGUUGUUUAGGGAGGCUCUGGAGUUGUUUAAUACCAUGCAGCUUGCUGGGAUCCGGCCUAAUCAUGCCGGGGUGGUUAGCACAUUAUCGGCUUGUGCUUUUCUUGGUGCCUUGGAUCAGGGUAGAUGGAUUCAUGCUUACAUAGAUAAACACAAGAUGGAACUAGAUAGGGUACUGGGCACCGCUCUGGUAGAUAUGUACGCAAAAUGUGGGUGUCUGGUUGCAGCCGGUCAUGUUUUUGAUGCCAUGCCGAAUAGAGAUGUCUAUGCUUUUACUUCUUUGAUAUCGGGCCUCGCAAAUCAUGGACAGAGUGCUCGUGUUUUUGAGUUGCUCAUAAGGAUGCAGAACGAAGGAUUUGAACCAAAUGAUGUGACAUUUAUAUGUAUCCUAAGUGCAUGCAGUCGAAUGGGGUUGGUGGAAGAAGGAUUGAGGAUCUUUGAGAGCAUGCGCAAAGUUUAUGGAAUUGACCCAGGGGUUGAGCACUACGGCUGCUUGGUAGAUCUCUUGGGUAGAGCAGGGAUGCUAGAGCAGGCAAAGAACGUGGUGAGAGAAAUGCCCAUGGAACCGGAUUCAUAUGUAUUGGGUGCAUUGCUUAAUGCUUGUAGAGUCCGUGGUGAUCUCGAGCUGGGUAGGGAAGUGGUUGAUGGGUUGGUUAAGCGAAACCUUGACCAUGGAGGCGUUCAUGUGUUGCUUUCCAACAUAUAUGCCUCGGCUAACAAAUGGGGUGAUGUAGAAAACGUACGCAAGAAAAUGGAAGCGAAGAAGGUAAGGAAAGUGCCUGGGUGCAGCUUAAUUGAGGUAGAUGGAGUGGUAUGUGAAUUUGUAGCUGGAGACAGGUCUCAUGCGCGUAUGGGGGAGAUUAUAUUGUUGUCAAUGGUGAGCGAUAGGCACUUGAAGUAUAUUUGGUCCGAAGAUGAUGACAUACCUACUGAGCUAGUUAACCUGUAGCCUAGGCUGACUCCUUGUACAUGCUAGCUUAACUGCAAUGUUUUUGGGAUGGAGAAAAACUUCGCCUAAGCAAGGUAUCUUCUCAUCCCAUCCGUCCAGAUCCGUUGCUAGGAAUAGGAUAUUAAAUUUAUAGUGCAAGUUUAUUUUUCAAAGAAUGAAAUAAAAAUUCCUAUAACGAGUUAAUAAUUUCUAAUGCUGUGCAUCAGAGAUCUUAUGUGCAAUACAUGUACAUGUUGAACGUAAAGGAAUGUACAACCAAAGGAAGGUGUACACCUGACUUUGAGAUGUUUAUCCUUCUGUUUCAUUAGAGAAAGUGGAGGUCCAAUGUUUUUAAGUAUUAAAAGGGUGUUCUCCGGCCGGCCGGCAUGACAUGAGGCAUCCUUUCUUUGAUUCUUUUUUGUCCGUAAUAGGGGACCCUUUCUUUCUUUUCUUGGAUAAAAACUGUCCGCGACUCUUGCCACAAAUAAUCAACUUUGUGGGAUGCCAAUUGGAAGCAAGCAUCUGAAGCAGCAAUUUGAGGAGCUUGGAAGUGGGUCAUUAUGUCAUGUUUGUCUAGUCACCAGACAAGUCCAAACAAGCACGCACAAAAGCACAAUUAAGUAAAGCGAAACAUCACAACGCCAAUAGAAUUGCCUGCCAUAAUACAGUCUGUCACCAACCUGGGAAAAUUGAGGUUUCUAGCAUUCGGCAACGCAUAAUCAUGGUAUCCCUUACAAUGAUGAUGUUUUC